GACGGGGAGAGCGUGAGGGGAGGAGAAGACUGCAUAAGAGGGUAGAGGAAGGGAUGAGUAGGGUAGUCAGGUGGAUGAAGCAGGUGCAGAGUAUUCCUGCCAAUACUCAGACAACAUCAGAAGGUAUACCACUUGCUGGCACAGAGCAGCAAGAAAUCACAUAUAGUACCUGGUAGUUGAUACCAUGUGGAAGAAAUGGGCGCGUGUUUCCAACUGGACUGACCUCGUCUGCUACACGUUGAACAAGCAAUACAAGUGGGAAGCGAUCCCGGUGAGCCUCAACUUCUCGCCGGAAAUACGGGCCUGGUAUCGCUGCGAUCCAUCAACGUGGGCCAAGGACGCAAAAGCUGGGUUCGAGGGGAAGUGGGAGAGCGCAAGCAAAAGGUCUCUUACUGCGGAUGAGAAGGCGUGGAAAACCGAAGCGUUUGGCCGGAAUGGCUAUGCUACUGCGGCCAAGGUGAAGUUCCCUCGAUCCCAAGGUUCUCCUGGAACUGCCGGGGCUUCUACUGGCUCAGGGCCAUAUGGGGCUUAUGGUUAG